GUGAGUGUGGAUAGAACGCGCCCUCAAUUGGCCAAUCACAAUUCAGAGAAAUCCAACCAAUACUUUUUCUCCACCCAAAACAAAUAAAAUAAUAAUUGCAAUAAAACUACCAAACAAAUAGAUCAAUUAACUCUUGAGGCAAAACUCCCUCUGCUCUUCCCCAAAGAUCAAAGCUCACAAAAUCACAGAUUAGACCCAACAUAAAACCCUGAAUUCUUACCUUUUGAAUUUAGGGUUUUUGAUUGGAUUCGUCUGAAUUUGCUUGCGGUUGUGGAAUCCGAGAAUUCGCACGGUGGAAAAUGGCGGUUUCGAGCGCGUUCGUGGGUGCGAAGCUCGAGGCCUUGAUGGUCAGCAAUACGGCGUCGUCCUCCGCCGUGUCUGCCUCCGCCUCCGCCUCACCGGCUCAGGUCGGCUUGUUCUGCAAGCCGUUGGCCACUCGUGCCAAACGAGUGGCUCUGAUGAGGAGGAAUUCGGGAAUCGUCAGGGCUGAGGUUCAGACGGAAAUCGUUGACCACGCCAAUGCGGCUUCUUCCUCGGCUUCGAGCCUCUCAGCUCUUGAACAGCUCAAGGCCUCAGGCGCUGACAGAUAUACAAAAGAAAAGAGCAGUAUUGUUGUAAUUGGUCUUAGCAUCCACUCAGCACCCGUUGAAAUGCGAGAAAAACUUGCUAUUCCAGAAGCAGAGUGGCCUAGAGCAAUUGGCGAGCUAUGUGGUUUGAAUCAUAUCGAAGAAGCCGCUGUUCUUAGUACGUGCAACAGAAUGGAAAUCUACGUAGUAGCACUUUCAAGGCACCGGGGAGUUAAAGAAGUGACUGAAUGGAUGUCCAAGACUAGUGGAAUUCCAGUGUCGGAAAUAUGUGAGCACCGUUUUCUGCUAUACGACAAAGACGCAACUCAACACAUCUUCGAAGUCUCAGCUGGGCUCGAUUCCUUGGUGUUGGGCGAAGGCCAAAUCCUUGCUCAAGUCAAACAAGUGGUCAAAGUCGUAUGCGAAAGAAUAAGAGCUGCUGAGCUGGACAAGUGCUUGUCUAAAAUGGGGGAAGAUAUUCCGAAGAAGACACGAAAGGCGGUGGAUGACCUCAGCAGAGGGAUUGUGAACAAGCUGCUUCACGGCCCGAUGCAGCACUUGAGGUGCGAUGGGAGUGAUAGUCGGACUUUGAGCGAGACGCUCGAGAACAUGCACGCACUUAACCGGAUGUUCAGCCUAGAAACUGAGAUAUCUGUUUUGGAACAAAAGAUUCGAGCUAAGGUGGAGCAAACACAAACGUGAGUAAGGUUAUAUUCGUAGCUUUACUGGGUGUUUUUUGGAUCCCGUUUCUUGGCGAAGCCCUCCAUUGUGAAUAAGCGGAGAAGUCCUUUGAUUUGUGCUUUUUCUUGUGGUGGUGAUUUUUUUUUUUGGUAGUAGUAUAUAUAUAUUUAUGGGAAUUGAUUUCUUGAAAAUCUUUCCACACAAUGAUGUGAUGUGUUACAUUUGUUUGGAAAUACUGAAUACCUUUUCUAAUUGGUCAUAUGUGUGCAUUAAUGUACAAUGCUUACUGAGAUGUGAGCUUGGUCCUGUUGUCUGUAACCUCUCUUGAACAGUAUUUAUCCUUGUAAUUUAAUUUUAAUUUUAAUUUUUUGAA